GGCGAGUUCAGUUAAUCUCGGUGGUCACUGGACAUCAGACACAUAUUUCUCUUGACUUCUUAUCUGGUCACUAGUUUUAUUGUUGUUCUACAAACGCCCAUUCGAUUCGAAUACCAGCAGUCGACACAAACGUGCUUGAUGUGAAUUGUCCGUGUCUGUCUUCGUGAUGUUUCAUAUUUCUGUGGCAUUUUUAAAACAGCUAUGGCUUACUUUCGGUGCUUCAUUGGCGUUUCUUAUAAUAGGACUAGUUAGAGGAUAUUCUGCCUCGGCUAUACCUUCCAUAGAGAAUAUAGACCCCUCUCUUAUACAACACAGUGAACAAAAGUCAUGGAUUGGUGCGAUUCCGCCAUUAGGAGCGUUCAUGGGUAGUAUGCUGUCAGGACCUCUGAUGCAGCGUGCUGGAAGAAAACGGACCCUGCAGCUAACGGCACCACUUUGGGCAGCUGGCUGGUUGAUUCUUGGGUUUUCUUCCAACUUCUCUCUCAUUCUAGUCGGCAGAAUGAUAUCCGGCCUUUGUGUAGGACUAGUUCUUGCACCGGUACAGGUUUAUGUCAGCGAAUGUUGCGAUCCCGAGAUUCGUGGACGUCUGGGCUCUCUCCCAACUUUAUCUAUGUCGCUUGGUAUACUCAUCUCCUAUAUUGCUGGCAGCUGGCUCUACUGGCGGCACCUGGCUUUUCUGUCCGCCACUUUCUGUGCGGCAUUGUUUGUGGUGUUGUUGCCACUUCCCGAGUCACCAGUAUGGCUGAAAUCAAGGGGCCUCGAUAAUACUCUGGCGGUGAAAUGGCUUCAUUUAUCUCAACACGCUAUUGCAACUGUUGAUAAUAAAGAAGAUAUCGUUCAAACAGUUUCCAAGGGGGAAAAAGAAGAUGAACCAAAAAGUCUUUUCACUCGCAACGUUUUCCUUUCAUCGUGUGUUAUGAAGCCGCUUGUUAUCGGUUUUUCACUACUCUUCUUCCAACAAUUUAGCGGCAUUGACACCAUUAUAUUUUUCACCGUGGAAAUCUUCGAAUCUGCUGGCAGCACCCUAAAUGCCAUGACAGCCACCAUCAUCGUCGGUGUGGUGCAAUUGUUUAGCUGCGGCGUGAGCACUAUGCUUGUAGAUCGAGCGGGUCGUCGACCUUUGCUGCUUCUUUCAUCUGUCAUCAUGUGCGUCUCAAUGUUAUCUAUGGGAUGUGCAUUUUACUUCGAGUUCGAACAAGAUUCCCUACUUGGGUACCUGCCGAUAGUGAGUCUGGUGGUGUUCAUGAUAGGUUUCUCUCUCGGAUUCGGUGGUCUUCCAUUCCUGUUGUUGGGUGAGCUGUUCCCAGCCCAUUACCGAUCACAGCUCUCGGCGAUGGCCAGCGCAGUCAAUUUACUUUCUAUGUUCACUGUCAUCAAGUCCUAUCACGCUUUGGAGCACGUGCUGACAUCUGCGGGAACAUUUUGGAUGUAUGGUUGUUUUUCUGCUCUGGCCUUUGUUUUCGUCCUCACAACGGUCCCAGAAACCAAAGGAAAAUCUCUCGCUGAAAUUGAAGAACAGUUUCGAGGCAAGAAGCUCAAGGAGACGCUCGAUUUAAAUACGAUACAGACAAAAUUUUAACUUACUUAUUGCACAUAUGUGUAUAAUUUAGCAAAAUUAAAGUGAUUAUAGAUAUGUUUGUAACCUUAAUGUAUAUGUAUGAGACAGAUGUCCCAUAUUGUUAAUGAGUAUCUGAGAUAGUUGAAGCUGUGAUACAAAUGCUAUUUAAGAAAUAAUGUAUAUUGCAUUUCUUAGAACCACCUUUUAUUUGUAACAUUCUCUCUUUUAUUUAAACAUUCUCGUUUUUAUCUUAUAGUUGAUCGAAUAAUUCUCUAAUAAUUAUUCACUAUAGUAAAUUGUGUAGAAAAUUUCUUUUAUUUUUAUUAGAUAACGGUGGAUUAUUAUUAUUCUUAUAUUAUUAAAUAUACAUAACAAGUAAGUAUUAAAUAAGACAAUGUUUAAAGUACUCAAUACACAUGAAUGUAUAUAAAAAUAUUUUUAUUUAAUUUAAUUAGAAAAUAUUAUGUUUAUAAAGAACUUAUAUAAUAUAUUGUUUAUCAUACAGA